AUCUGAUAUGUACUAAGAUUGUAUUUGGCACUCUAGCUCAUAAGCUAUAUUAAAUAGUUUAUUAAAAAUUUAUCUUAUAAGCUAGUUUAUUCCCACAGCAUUCGAAAAGUUGCAUAUUUACCUGAUAGGAGAAGUUUGAGUUCAGUUUGUAAGCAGGUAGAAGCAUAAAUGGCGAUUGAUGGGAGUUUUGGUGUUGAAUAUGAGCUGCAAAGGUUUCUUCUUCGGUGUCCCAAGCUUGCGGCUGCUCCCCAAUUAGAUAACUUAGUCGAGAAGGGGAAAAUUUUGACAGAGAAAGAGUUGAUUGAUGGAGUAGCUGAGUUACUUUUACAUCCUCGAUAUACAAUUCCAUUAUUGGGAUGCUUUCGUCCAAUAGCACGAAAGAUUGUCGACCGGGUUGUUGCUUUACUACAUUUGGUGCCCGAUUUGACAUCAAAUUCCAAUGAUUCAAUGAUUGAGUUCGAUGAUGGAAGAUUAUUUAAGGAUACUGAAAGUUCAGAUUAUGAACAGGAUAUUUCUGUUAUUAAUUUAUAUGUCAAAUAUGGGAGAGGUCAGGGACUUCACGAGCUUUCCUGUUUGGCAUUUUCACGAACACUUGAUAUGCUACCUUAUCUUACUGGGUCUGUAAGGGAUUACUUUAAGUUUGCACCUCCUCCAUUUAAAAGGAUGAUGGAAAAGGAAUCAAUGGCCCAAUCAUUAGUGCAGCCAGGAACACAUCUAUUAGAUGCUGUGCGAGUAUCAUAUCGUCUCCUUUUAGCAGAGCCUGAAGUUUUUGCUAAGCUAUGGGAUUGGUCAUGUUAUAUGGACCUUGUACAUGAGAUCACUAGUCUUAACAAUGGAGAAAAUACAGAGAUUUUGAUGGACAUAAGAUGGUGUGCAGUGCAAACAUUAACAAUGGUUUUGAAGAUGAGUGACAAGUUUAUUAGAAAAAGUAAGACGCGUGACUUGGCAACUUCAGAUUUUGGGUUCGAUGAUGAAAAAGCAUAUGGGUGUUUAUUAAGGUGGAAGGAAUUUCUUCAGGACGUGUCAUUAGAGAAGGCUGGUUGGUAUCUUGAACCAUUUAGGGAAAACACAAGUGUAGGGCAACCAAAUUGGAGCAAUAUGGAGGCAAAAUGGGAUACACUUAAAACUGGAAGUCCUUUUGUUUUAACAUCUGCUGUGAAGAAAAGUUUUGAGAUGGUAUUGUUGGCAGUGAGUCAGAGGUGGCCUGUUCUUCUUUAUGGUCCAGCUGGCGCAGGCAAAACUGCUCUCAUUAGCAGGUUAGCCCAGGGGCAUGGGAGUCAAGUUCUUUCUAUUCACAUGGAUGAGCAAAUUGAUGGAAAAACACUAAUCGGGAGUUAUGUAUGUGCUGAACAACCUGGUGAAUUUAGGUGGCAGCCUGGUUCCCUUACUCAGGCUAUCAUUAAUGGACUUUGGGUUGUUUUCGAGGACAUUGAUAAAGCUCCUGCAGAUGUACAAUCCAUCUUGUUACCUUUGCUAGAGGGUGCUACUUCAUUCUUAACAGGCCAUGGGGAGCUGCAAGCUUGGGACACCAAAGAAGAAACCUUUGCAGCUCAUAUUCAACACAAAAACUCCCAUCAAUCGCCAUUUACACUUCUACCUGCUUACAAAUUGAACUCGAACUUCUCCUAUGAGGUAAAUAUGCAACUUCUCGAUGGCUGUGGGAAUCAAAAGAGCAUAAAAAGUGGACACAUACUAACAAACAAAUUAUUGAGUGACGACCGCCAUUACACGCUCUAA